CAAUAUUAUAAUAUUGUAUGCUAUUUAUUGUACAUACUGUAUAUACAUUUUUUUUCGUCCGGAUUUGGUCAAUUCUCCCGCACAGUGGCGACUUCAGCAUGUACAUCUUGGUGGAGAAAGCAAAAGCAAUGUGGGCUGCCGGCCAGCAAAGCCACUACACAACACUAAACAAUACAUUCAUUGCACUAUAACGGUGACAAACGGUGCCCUCAAACUGUUAGGGCCUACAUAAAGCUGUCCCAACAGCAUAGUCCCAACACCUCACCUUGUGAAGGUGGCGCAGCGCCCCUUUUUUGGGCAAAUUCUGUCAUCAAACUUUAUCAUCCAAGUCUGUCAUUCUCUGGAUUUAUGGUGGGAACUCUGAAAUUAAACACACAGCCACUCCAUUCGUUCGUGGUUGCUUUGCAAUGCUUGGAGUUGGAGCUACUUAUUCCUUCCAAGAGAUUCAUUGUUGAAUUUGCGAUUUCCAGUUCGAUGUGUAAUCUUUAUGUUCAAUGGCCGAUGAUUUCUCUAAAUUAUUUAUCUUAAUAUGGCAAUGAUUAAAAAGGAUUUGCCAGUAGAUUGUCGACUGUCAUGAUGAUGACUGCUAGUUACGAUUUUGAAAGUAAGAUGUUGACAUGAUCAGUCCAAUCAAAGCUACCUUAAAUAUAACGUGAUUUGACAACCCUAACCCUUAAAGUCCUAAAAAUGUGGGGCUCAAAACUGAAUGAUGGUCGUCUCUGCUCCCGCAACCCCAUGUUCAUAUCAGUCGACCUCACGUGGAGUCGCGAGCCCUAGUUUGGGAAACGCGGUCAUAAACUGACGCGUUCUAGAACAGAAGACCAUUACUAGGCGCGUGGCUUGCAUGGAGAUGUCUGCUUUAUACCUCGCUCUGCUUCUGUUCUCCGAGCAUGUUAUCGACGGGAUAACCAGAUCUUACGAAGGGACUGAGUUAGCGACAACACCGACAGUCACCUCCCCGUUACCGGAGCGAUGGCGGCGGCGGGACAAGCGGGGCUUGUUGGAGUUGGCGGGCGUCGUUAAAUGCAGCACUGGGAGGUCAGCGGUGGCUUACAUCAUGUAUGGAUGUUACUGCGGGCUGGGAGGCCAGGGAUGGCCCCGAGACAAGGCUGACUGGUGCUGUCACAAACAUGACUGUUGCUAUGGGAAGGCUGAGAAUCUGGGUUGUCAGACCAAGACGGACAAGUACCAGUGGACCUGUGAGAACAAGAUGUCCAACUGCGAGUCUCUGAAGAACAGGUGUGACAAGAUUCUGUGCAGGUGUGACCGGGAGGCGGCCAGGUGUCUGAGGAGAGCUCCCUUCAUCCCUAAAUACUCUGUCUGGCCCGACUUCAUGUGUGGAUAUGAACAGCCCACCUGUACCCGUCACUGAUGCUGUUACACAGUGUGUGUGUGUGUGAGAGAGACUAGUGUUUUCUCUUGUUUGUCCUGGCUAGUGGUGUGUGUGUAAUAAAGACCUACAGUACUUUA